GUAACGUGAGUCCCUCACACACUCGCUCUGUGUCUACUCUGUGCAGUAGCUGUACGAUGGCUGGAGGACACUGCUUGCUGCUUCUGCUGCUCCUGGGGGGAGUACUGCAAGACAUGGGAUGUGGAGGACAGCACAACACGGGAGACCCUGACAUCAGGAGAACAGUGGAUGCCAACCUUCUUGUGACUUUUGUCUCCUCUCAGAAUUCUGGCCUCCUCUUCCUUGCAACUGGAACAAGCCAAUAUCUGCUACUAGAACUUUCCAAUGGGACACUGAGGGCUCGCUUGGAAAGAGGUGAAGGAGAAUCCAUUCUGUAUUCCCCAACAUGGAUGGUUUUAAAAAACAAGGAGACAUACCAAUUACAUUUGAUUAUUUCAGAGUCCCAGAUGUCUUUAACACUAAACAAUUUUACCAGUAUGAUGGAUCUUCCUUGGUCCUCACAAAAGUUGAAUCUUGACCAUGGCAUCUUUCUAGGUGGAACUGGUACAAGCAACAUUCCAUAUCAUUUGCAGGACAUUCCUACUUUUCAUGGAUGCAUCUUAAAAGCCAGAUUUGACAACAUUGACUUGCUUUCUGGUUCCAAUCCUCAAGCAGAGCUCAAUGGACAAUGGGAAAAUUGCCAAAUAAAUUCUCUUUCUAACUCAGCCGAAUCCUUUGGAUUUCUUGGGCCACGUUCAUACAUCAUAUUCCCUAAUUGGGAUAUGAAAUCACAAGGAUCAAUACGUCUUACUUUAGAGACAUCGAGACCAGGGCGUGCCCCACUAAUCUACCAGUCUGGACCACAAAAAUCCUAUUUAUACUUUGAAAUUGCUGGUGGCCACUUACAGGGUACAUUAUAUACAGGACGGUCUGCAGUGAAAAUUCAAAAUAUGGUUUAUGUAAGUGACAGCCAGCCACAUGAUGUCCAAGUUUUUAUAGACAAAUCUAAAAUGCAGCUCAUUGUGGAUACAACCUCCUCUCAGGUCUCUCUUGAUAGCCUUGGACAAAUGUUAGAACUGCAUGGCAAUCUUUACCUUGGGGGCAUAGAUGAGAUCUCAUUGGCUAAAAUAAGGGAAGGUCCUCUUGGUCGACUGUUCAUAGAUGAUAUGGAAUACAGAUCUUUCUCUGGCUGUGUCUCAGAUUUGAAGAUAAAUUCCAUGAAGAAAGGGCUAGGUGAUGCUUUGGGUAGCAGAGAUAUUACAGAUGGUUGUGAUGAGUAUGAUGACUAUGUUGAAUAUGAAGAGGUCCUUACUUCAUCUUCUUCCCCUGCCACCACUGCAGUGCCCACAGUUAUUAGCAAUAUUUUUGAUAUUUGCAAUAUGGAACCUAGUGGUACUAAACUGACUUCACUUCUUAACCCAAAGACAUUGUUAGUAACAAGAGGGGGAUUUUCCAUUCUGGAAUGGAGGCACUUCCACCCCACAAUUGACCUAAGAAAAUCUGGUAUUCGCCAGUCUCAGUUUCUUUUCAGUAUAAUAAAUGACACUCAAAAAGGACAUUUGGUACUUGACAUACCUGGUGCUGAAUCUAGGCGAAAAUUUACACUAUUAGAUGUUGCCAAUCAUAGAGUAAAAUAUGUUCACGAUGGAACACAGUCACUUGAAGACCACCUGAUUUUGGAGGUUUCGUUGGCUAGUAGUGUAAACCUUCCAGAAUGCUUGAGGAAGGCCCAGCGUUACAAUCUUACUAUAAACAUAUCCCCUUCAACAGCUAUACCAUCUAUUGAAUUUCCUAAAGGUAACAUAUUAGGAAUUUUAAAAAGAGGUAGAAAAUUGCUAACAGUGGAUAUCAUCAAGAUCAAUGACCCUGACACACCAUGUGAUCUGCUCAAUGUUUAUAUUUUGGGGAGUUCGAAAGAAGGACACGUUGAAUUUCAAAACAAGCCUGGAAAAGCCAUCCAAGAAUUUUCUUGCAAAGACUUAGAAGAAGGCCAAGUGGUAUUUAUUCAUAAGUCUGGACAACAGGCACAGCUAACACUACAGGCUACUGAUGGAACAACAAGAAGCUCUUUGGCAUAUGCAAGCUUUAUAGUGUUGGAGCCACAAAAGAACAUGACAUCAAAAGCAGUGGUGGUAUCGGAGGGAUCAUCUGCACUGAUCACUCCUUCCAAUCUUCCUAUAUUAACAAAUUUAGAUAAACUGGGAAUGGAAGCCAUGUAUAACUUAAUUGAGAACCCCAGGUUAGGAGUUAUACAAAAACUGGUGGCUGGAGAGGAAUGGAAAUCCACAGACACUUUUAAGCAGAGUGACUUAGCUAAAUCAAGAGUGAGGUACCUCAGCACAAAUUCAGUUAUUAGGGGGGAUGAAAUGAGUGAAGAUCUGAAAAUUCAGCUCAAAUUGGGAACACAGGAAAUGGGUAAUCAGACAUUGCAGGUCAAGGUAAAGCGAUCCGGUAUUCAAAUGAUGAAGAUGAUCCCUUUAAAGCUGGGAAAAACACGGGAAAUGAAUCUCUCACAUAAGAACUUACAGGUUGACACAACUAUGCAAGAUCAUGAACUGGCAUUAUUCACGUAUUUAAUUGUUCAAUCUCCCAAAAAGGGUAAUCUACAGUUUGAUGGUAGGCGCCUUAUUGAAGGGUCGCGGUUUUCCCAGGAAGACCUAGUGAAUGGGCUCAUCAGUUACACAGCUACAGUACGUAACACAAAAGAUACCGAAGACCAGUUUCAGUUCCAGAUCUUAUAUCAUGGCAAGGUGUCUCCAGUGUACACAUACAAGAUUCUGAUUGGUGCAGAUCCAGAUGCCCCGCAGCUUAUUAAUCAAAUAUUACAUGUGCUGGAAGGAGGGGAGGAGGCAAUAACCUCAGAUCACCUUUUCCUAAAAAGUGGCAGUAAUAUUGAUUUUUUUUAUGAAGUAAUUGAUGGGCCUCAACAUGGAACACUCAUAAGGAAGGGAAGUUCACAGUCUGGCGCUCUUUUAGAAGAAGGAAUAUUAGAAUUUACCAAUGAUGACAUUCUUGAUGGUUUAAUUUUUUAUCAGCAUGAUGGUUCUGAAACUACUGAAGAUGAUAUACCAUUUGUAGCCUCACGGCAGCAAGAUGGCAGUGCCUCUGAUACAAGUGGAGAAGAAGAGUUUGAAGACCAGGAAGUGGUGAGAGGUGUCUUUCGAGUCUCCAUUCAACCUGUUAAUGACAACCCACCUUUUCAAAUAGUACAAAAAGUUUUCACUGUAGUCCGUGAUGGGCAGAAAUUGCUAACUACAAAUGAUAUUGCAUUUUUAGAUCCAGACUCAGGAUCAACAGAUUCACAAAUAGUGCUAGUUCGAUAUGGAGUUCCCUUUGGAAGAAUUGUUUUUGUGGAUAACCCAUCACUUGUCGUUGUCAGAUUCACACAAGAGGACCUCCGAAAACACAGAAUUCUGUUUAUUCAUAGUGGACCAGACCAGGGUUCUAUACAGUUGAGAUUGUCUGAUGGGCUUCAUCAUCUUACCACUAUUUUAGAAGUCCAAGCAUCUGAACCAUACAUUCAUAUUUCUAAUAUAACCACUCUAAAUGUGCUUCCUGGUGGCAAAGAGACAUUGUCUGCCACAAACCUUAAACUGGAGACCAACUUAGAUUUACGUUCCGAAGAUGAAAUUAAAUACUAUAUUAGCACUAAACCAAGAUGGGGAGAAGUUUUAAAACAGGGGCAACCCACGGAUUCUUUUUCACAACUAGAACUGGCAGAUGGACUUGUAGUUUAUCAACACAGUAAAGAAGGAAGUAACAGGGAUCAUUUCCGGAUUUCUGUUGAAGCUAAUCAGGUGGUGGCUGUGGGUGACAUCAAGGUGCAAGUGCUCACCGAUUCUCUACCUGUGACUCUGAAUGUGAACCAUAAUGAGAAGGUGUACGUCUUUCAGGGGGAAUCUGCAAAGAUUAGUAAGGAGUAUCUCAUGGUCUCUGCAGAAGGCAUAUUCCCACACAAGAUUGCAUAUAGUCUGACAGAUCCCCCAUCUUUUGGAUAUUUGGUCUCUAGCAGUGGGGAGCUGUCUUCUGAUGGGUCACCAAGUUUGGACUCUGUACAGACUUUCACCCAGGAGGACAUUAACAAAGGAAAGAUCCUGUAUUUACAUUCAGCCUCAGAAAUGCUCCCUGACCGCAUGAUACUAGAGGUUUCUGCAGGAGACACAACUCAAGAGAUUGUCGUCCUUCUAGAAAUUCUGCCUAUCUAUAUACCAGUGGAAGCCGGUGAUGUGAUGGUGGAGGAGGGUGGGAAAACAGUUCUCCCUGGCAGCAUACUACAGAUUCACAGUGAUUACUAUCUCAGUCUCCACCUUGAACUUCUAGUGCUGGAUGAACCAAUAAAUGGACGUCUUACUGACACACAGGGACAAGAUCUAAGAAGCUUUAGCUGGAAUGAGUUAAAUCAAGGACAAGUGCUCUAUGAGCACAAUGGCAGUGAAACCAAGAAUGACAACUUUACAAUUAUAGUCAAUGCUGCAGAUGUAAACCGCCAGAGCCAGUCAAUAACUAUCAAUGUGACCGUGAAAGCUGUAAAUGAUGAGAAGCCACGCCUGAUCACAAACACUGGCAUGCAGAUCUUGGAAGGUAAUACUGAUGUCAUCCCCCCACAUGCCCUGCAAAGUAUGGAUGAGGACUCGUCACCCGAAGAGCUGAUUUAUUCCUUCCUUCCACCAUCCAAUGGAGAAUUGAUUGUGAGGGGGUUCCCCGGGACCCUUUCUAGCUUCUCACAAAGGGAUCUGGAACAAGGGAUGGUACAAUUCAUACACAGAGGAGAAUUGGAUGGCGGAUUCUUCUUCAAGGUAUCUGAUGGAGAGAAUGAAUCAGAGCAACACUUUUUCCACAUUCAAGCAAUACCAAUUACAAUCCACAUGCAGACAAUGCAGAACCUUAUACUAUGCCCUCGAUCACUGCAACAGAUCACCAACCAGCACCUGAGCGCAGUGACCAAUGAUGGAAAGAGCACACAGCCUGUUCUGACAUAUCACAUUGAAGAUGUUCCACAGAUUGGCCAAAUCAAACAUCAAGAAAAUCUUGAAGGGCCAGCCGUGACUAACUUCACCCAGUCAGAUGUAGAUGAAGGUUUAAUAUAUUACCAGCAUGUGACCAGUCCAUCCCCAUUCUGGAUUACCCAGGAUUACUUUUCAUUCCAUGUGCAGUCUCCGCAGGCCAUAUCCCAGAGAUAUAUCCUAAAUGUGACAGUGACAUUCCAGGGUCCAUGUCCUCAACUGCACACAAAGCUCUGGAAAAACACAGGUCUUGACAGUGUGCAAGGUGGUUCUUCCCCCAUCACUUCCAACUCCCUUGAUGCAUCCAACCUCUUAGCGAACCAGAGUAUCUCAAGACUUACUCAUGACGUGAUUUUCUUUGUUACGAAUUUUCCUUCAGAAGGUCAUCUCUCUGUACAGGGUGCCAUACUCAGCCCACAGACUCCAUAUUUCUUACAGUCACAUCUGGAGAAUGGAACCUUAAUCUACACCAAUACCAAAGUAGGCAAUCCUAAUGACAGUUUCAUCUUCAAAGCUCAACCGUAUCCCAAAUUCCAGUCUUACCAUGAACUUAACCAUAAGGAAACCAUCUGGACAGUUACAGAGUCAUUUAACAUAACAUUUACUAGUCUACCCACAGUACCUGACAUUAUGCUUCCACCAAAAUCUAAAUUAUACCUAGCAGUGGGAUCAAAUGUUUCUCUUACUCCAGAUUACAUAUCUGUAGAUAAAGCUUUGGCUUCUUCUAAUAAUAUACUUUAUUCUAUAGUGGAAUCCCCCUUGGGCAUAUCAGUUGCAACAGGUGGGAACCAGUCUAUUCCAUUGUCAAAAUUCACUCAACAUGACCUUGACAGUUCAACACUUGUCCUUUUGGCUAACCUCACUGCGGUUUCAGGUGAAAUCAUAUUCAAUAUUUCCACUGGACAACAAAUUCUUAUAGAAAAAAUACCUGUAAAAGUACUCCCGGUAUUUCAGGCCAAUUUUGAAGUUAAACAGGCAUCUGGCAGCACCAAGGUUACAAAGACACAAAUGCAACCAAUACCAGGAAGAAAUACAGAAACAUUUAUCUAUAAAGUCACAAGGAAGCCAAGUUAUGGUGAUGUUAUGGUUGGCCAGGUACCAGUUACAGAGUUUAACGAGGAACAGGUAACCAAAAAUGAAGUAUUUUAUACCUUUACCAGUUUCUUAUCCAACCAAGAUCAGUUUGAAUACCUUGCAAUUUCCGAUGAGGGUGAAGAAGCUGUUGGAAAAGUAACAAUAGAGGUUUCUCCAAUGGUGAAGAUCGGAAAUAAACAACAAUGGCCACGAGGCUGUACCAUUAGACUGGGCACAGAUGUAAUUGAUGCAAGUGAAUUGGGUACACUAACAAAAAGCGUCCCUCAGUUCAAAGUUGUUCAUCAUCCAAGAGAAGGAAAGGUAGUUAGAUUUCCUUUGGAAGGUGGCAAAGGAGAAGCAACCAGCACAAAUGUAUUUUCACAGCAAGAGCUAGAAAGUGGAGUUAUAGGAGUGGAGUUAAGGGAAGAUGACCAGAGUGGAACAGGCAUAAGAGGGGACAGGCUUCAUUUGGUACUCAGUGCUAGUCAAGUACCUCCAGCAAAUGUUACUGUGAGGUUUAGUACUGUACCUUACAACUCAUCCCACUCUUAUAGUGCUACUCUGCUCAGGAUAGCUGGAAAUAUAGAGACUUCUACAAAUUUAGCAGCAUCUACAACAGCCUUAACUUCCACAAGCAUUACUACUACAAACAAGCAAUCUCCAAAUGUUGGGUCAACCAUUCUUAUAGAACCUAUGACUAGUGAGUCAACCACAGAGUUAUCAACCACAGAGUUAUCAACCACAGAGUUAUCAACCACAGAGUUAUCAACCACAGAAUUAUCAACCACAGAAUUAUCAACCACAGAGUUAUCAACCACAGAGUUAUCAACCACAGAGUUAUCAACCACAGAGUUAUCAACCACAGAGUUAUCAACCACAACAACAUUUUCUUCUACUACUAGUUUGACUACAGCCAAGAAUUUAGAUCAAGUCACAACAUCUUUAGUUACACCAGCCACUGUACCUACCACAUAUCCAGACAUUUCCAAGAACAGUACUAACACUGUGACACAAGACUUUUGGAUGUUAGAAGACCUAAGUACAAGCACUGCUCAAGAUGUCUUCCUAAAUAUAACAAGUGUAAAUGCAUCCACAUCACCAAACCCAGCUAGGGAAGGCACAUUGCUUGGUUUUAUGAAUACUCAUAUGUAUAGCACCAUACUACCUAUUUGUAUAGUAUUACUUCUUAUUUUACUUGGACUUCUUAUUUUAGCUUAUUUUGUACGGAGAAAAAAAAUGGGAAAACACCAUGUCCAAAAAGCAGCAACUUCUGCCAAGACUGAAAAUGGAGCUGCAGAUCGGCAAACAUUUCGUCCAACUGAACCAGAAAGAGAUAUCCCCCUUUGUGAUGUUGGGGGGCACAGGGGCAAUGGAGCUGGUGGAAAUGGACAGCCAGGUAGUCAGUACUGGGUGUGACAACUGAAGGAAAUCAUUCCUAGGUUGGCAUUAAACGCAGGAACUUUCCUCCCAACAGCACUCAGGAUGGUGAAUUUAAAUUUUCCAUGCUUGGCACUUUUCUAUUUUUACAGAAGCAGUGCAGGUUGGGACUAUUCUAAAAAGUAAGAUGAGGAUAUCUUUGCCUUUACACUAUGGUCAAGCUGUACUGGACGCAGCAAAAUUCAAUAGCUAUUAUCCUAGAAGCUGGGCUACGUAGAACGUUGACGGCUUCCUGGCAUCUGGACAAGGAAAUAUGUGCAUGGUUUCACAGUACUGUAUUGUUCCAAGCGUAUGUGUGAAAUACUGGAGGCAGACUGAACAGUAAAUAUAAGUGGAAUCCCUGUAUGUUUCAUAAAACACUCUGGUUGACCAGCCUCUGCAACAAAACUGAUUAUAGAAUGUUUCAUUCAAAAGACCAACCCAGCUACAAGUUGGAAUUCUAAUUUUAUUUAGACUGUACAAAAUUGCUCGCUAAAUAUUUGGUCCAAAGCUUGUAGCUGUAUUGCUUUCUUGUAAUUUUGUUAUGAAACUGUUAUUGCUAAUGUGCUGUGUAGGGGGUAAGCCAUGUUUAUAUAUAUAUAUAUAUAUAUAUACCGAUCUAAUAUCACAGUUCAUAGGCACACUUAAAUGUUCUUGUUUAACCUUUGAAAUUUGACUUGGGAAUAAGCACAGCACUUGACAUCAUAAAAAGAAGCUUUAGAAAGUCUAAACUGAACGACUGUUCAUUUUAAGAAUAAAAGGUACAAAUCCAGAAUUGUUGGCUGAUAUAGAGAGCUGAAUUCCUAAGUAUUUACUGAAAAAAAUCCAUGAUAUCAUGACAGAAAUAUUCAGAAAAUCGCUCUGAUGCAAACUGCAGCUCAUGAUUGGUGACUUCCAAAAUCUGCAGUCUGAAGAAACCUGUACCAAUAAUAUUCCAUCCACCCGCCAUAGUAAUAUCUCAUAACUGCCAUUUCCCCAGAUGUCAGUUUUGGAUGUCUUUUGAGCAUAUCAUUCUCAGGUAUAAAAUAUCAAAUAAAU